AUGUCGAAGCACCUCCCACCCCACCCCGGCGACGAAGACUCCCCUCUUCUACCCCGCAAUCUCCUCCCCAGCGACGACGAGCCAAUCCUGUCCAACCUCGUCCUAUUCCGCCGCGCCGUCGGAAUCAACGCCGGCUCGGGGCUCCACGACGAUUCCGACACCGAGGCCGGUCGCGCCGCCGCCCUCGGCAUCUACGCCGACGCAAUCGCCGCAUACCGGCGCACCCGCACCCUCCGCAUCCUCGCCACGGUCAUCGUCUACGCCUGCCACGCCGCCCAGCUCCUCACCGGCGCCGCCCUGACGUCCAUGGGCCCCUCGGCCGGCGUCCACCGGUUCGGCAUCACGGCGCUGGGCGGCGCCAACACCUUCGUCGCGGGCGUGCUGGCCUGGAUGAAGGGCCGGGGCGUGCCGGACGGGAUGCGCGCGGAUGAGGCCGGAUUCCGGCGGCUGCGCGACUGGAUCGAGGAGACGGAGGCGUUGGUGGCCCUCGGGGCCGUCGGCGGGACGAGGGACGAGAUUGGGGAGUUGGUCGCGGAGGCGUUCCGGCGAUGGCACGUGGCGAACGACGGCGGUCGGGAUGAAAGGUCUGGGGAAUAUCUUCGUGAGGGGAACGCCGAUGGGAGCAAGGGAAAGGGACUGACAGCGAGGUGGCUUCGAGGGUGGUGA